AUGGUUCACGAUCAUAAUCUGGCAGUUUUCGUUCAGUCAUGGCAUAUUUUUUUCGGAGUUCUUGGUGCCAUCCUGAAUGGAUUACUAGUUCUUCUAGCGCUCUUUAAGUCUCCGAUAGCUAUUCGAUUGUAUUCAAAACUCAUAAUUAAUUUUGCGGUCACUGACUUGUUGGCUUGUUUGUUGGAUAUGUUUAUUGAGAUCAGAUUGCUACCCUCUCCAAAUGAAGCGACCAUGACAUACAUUCUCAAUGGCUUCUGUACAUACUUCGGAUUGACAACUUGCACAAUUGGAUUGAGUCUCUUCAUUCAUACUUUGACCCAUUCGCUAUGGUCUUUACUCAUCUCAUUCGGCUAUCGAUAUGUAAUUUUAUUCAAUGCGUCUUUGAAAACCAAACACGUUCUGAUCACAAUUUCACUGUUUUAUAUUCCAUCUCUUAUUCAAGCUGCAACAUAUUGGACCAAUUUUGUAGACCGUUCUACUAUCCUCCCAAUUGCCAAAAGAGUUUAUCCAGAAUACGAUUUCGAAACGGAGCCAGGACUCCUCACAGGAAUCACAAACUUAUUUUCCGUAUCAGCUACAUAUGCGAUUCUUCACAUGACUUUACCAAUUACUCCAGUCUACAUCACCAUUUUCAUUCUUCGUCGGAGUAUCACAAAAACACUUAUGAAGAGUCACAAUAUAAUGUCAAAAGAGACUAAAGCUGUUCAUGCCCAAUUACUGAAAGCAUUGACAUUUCAAGCUGUGAUUCCCGUCGCAGCAUGGACAGCUGUUUAUGUCUACAUUGCUAUGCAAUUUGGUCUAAUCCGCGGAGUCAUCUUCGAGUAUCUCAUCUUCUCUACAGUGAUAUUCAUGCCAGUCAUUUCUCCUGUCACUUAUUUGAUCUAUGUCCGACCGUUUCGACAGUUUCUGCUCAGAACGUUCUGCCGUAAAUGUGCUCCAAGUGCAGUCGAAGACAAGAAUCGAACGAGGUUCUACACUCAGUACGAUUACUCGACAACUCGACAAUAA